UUGAAUAGGGAAGAUGGCAGCCGCAGCAGUGGUUGAGUUUCAGAGAGCUCAGUCUCUUAUCAGCACGGACCGAAACGCUUCUAUCGAUAUUUUUCACUCAAUAGUCAGACGAGAUGUUCAGCAGGAUGAUGAAGAGGCCGUGCGUGUCAAAGAACAGAGCAUACUGGAACUUGGCUCCUUGCUGGCUAAGACAGGACAAGCAGCAGAGCUUGGAGGGCUCCUGAAGUUUGUUAGACCUUUCCUGAUCUCCAUAAGCAAGGCAAAAGCUGCACGUCUGGUGCGCUCUUUGCUGGAUCUCUUCCUGGAUAUGGAAGCAGCCACAGGCCAAGAGGUAGAGCUGUGUUUGGAGUGCAUUGAGUGGGCCAAAGCUGAGAAGAGGACUUUUCUCAGACAAGCCUUGGAGGCUCGUCUGAUCUCACUGUAUUUUGACACCAAGAGGUACCAAGAGGCCCUGCAGUUGGGCUCCCAGUUAUUACAGGAGCUGAAAAAGAUGGAUGACAAAGCUUUAUUGGUGGAAGUCCAGCUACUUGAGAGUAAAACAUAUCAUGCACUUAGCAACCUACCGAAGGCCAGGGCUGCCCUAACCUCAGCCAGGACCACAGCCAAUGCCAUCUACUGUCCGCCCAAACUUCAGGCAGCUCUCGACAUGCAGUCAGGCAUUAUCCAUGCAGCAGAGGAGAAGGAUUGGAAGACAGCCUAUUCAUACUUCUUUGAGGCUUUUGAGGGCUAUGACUCCAUUGAUAGCCCGAGGGCCAUCACUGCACUGAAGUACAUGCUUCUCUGCAAGAUCAUGCUCAACUUGCCAGAAGAAGUACAAGCCUUGAUCAGUGGCAAGCUGGCACUACGGUAUGCUGGGAGACAAACAGACGCGCUCAAGUGUGUAGCGCAAGCCAGCAAGAACAGAUCGUUAGCAGACUUUGAAAAGGCUCUGACGGAGUACGCAAAAGAGCUGCGUGACGACCCCAUCAUCAGCACGCACCUGGCUAAACUCUACGACAACCUGCUAGAGCAGAACCUGAUCCGGGUCAUUGAACCCUUUUCCAGGGUACAGAUAACACACAUAUCAAGUCUCAUCAAACUCUCAAAGGGUGAAGUUGAGAGAAAAUUGUCACAAAUGAUCCUGGACAAGAAGUUUCAUGGUAUCCUUGACCAAGGUGAGGGAGUUCUGAUCAUAUUUGAAGAGCCCCCUGUAGACAAGACUUAUGAGGCAGCCCUUGAAACCAUACAGAACAUGAGCAAAGUUGUGGAUUCACUUUACAACAAAGCUAAGAAACUCACAUAGAACAAACAUGAAAGGAUGUGUGUGAGUGUAUGUCUGCAUGUGUGUGGCCAACAUGUGGAGCCUUUUUUGGUCAAGGCGAGAAGGGACAAUAUAGAUUCACAAGUUACAAUGGGAUUCACCUGUUCCCCAACGGAGAGUUUUUGACUCCUUUCAAUGGACAGUUUCAUCCCUCUAUUCUUAAUUUUGCUGUUUAAUUUUCUUCCCAGUGUAUCACUCAUCGGCCAAUAUGGCCAUCAGGGAAUAUUGUACAACUCAAUAAAAUCUUAAAAUGUCAUCACACAGAAAUGUAUAACUCUUCUACAGUUUAAGUUACAACCAUUCUAAGGUGCAAUACUGACUAAGUCCCUGUUUUUUGGGGGUCAAUAAGAACUGUGGGUAACUGUGUUUGUCUCCCUUUGUUCUAGUCUCUUGGAAGCACAUUUUUCUCUCUGAAGUGGAUGGUAAAUGUUGUAGCUAGUCAGGUUACGUCUUGAUUCUGUGGGUUCUAUAGCAAGCACAGUUGCCAGCAGUCAGACCAGUCAUGGGUAUUUUUCUAAUAUCUUUUACAAAUUCUUAAGUUUAAUAUACGAUUUUCUCUGGCAGUAUACUGUUCAUGAUACAGAAUGCAGUUCAUUUUCUUCAACUCUAAAGAUUGGUGGUGUUAAACACCCCUUUCAUUCUCUUUUUAUGAAAACUCAUUUAGGAACUUUGUCCAAACAUUAAAAAUUCUAAUGUUUGACAGCUGUAUAAAUGUUUACUUGUUUAAUGCAUUUGUGCUGUACUGAGUUCUAGCACAGCACAGUAUGCAGGUUGUAUACUGCUAAUUAAAAUAGCCAGUGUGACUUCAGAAGGA